AUGGUCCAAGGCAAGACCAAGGGGCUCUCGCAGAAGGCGUCUGGGUCCAACUCGGGACGACAUGCGGCGAAGGCGGCUGCAAACAUGAAGAAGGGCAAACGGCAGAUCGCGCCCAAGAAGGCGCAGCUCGUGAAGCAGGCCGCUAUGCACAAGCAACUAAGCGCGAAGAUCAACAAGUCGGUCGAGCAGCAGAUGGUCAACGCCGCCUCCUCGGGCAAGCUGACCAUCAUGAAAAAUGUCGGGGACGAAGCCGCCCAAGCCUCGAAAAAGGAGGCAACAGUCGCGAGGAAGGGGAAAGACAAAGCGUGA